AUGUCGAUGCCGACUCAGUCUCAAGCUGACCAGGAAAACGUACAACGGACACUGAAAGUUCUGCGAUAUUACAACGAUUCCAGUGAAUCCCAGUUUUGGUUCUCUCACCAAUUGCCCCCUUGGUCGGACCAACGCCUAUUUCUAACGGCUGAACAGUAUUGGAAUAGCUUCCAGGAUCCUGCGUUACGGGAACAGAGUAAGUUGUUCCAUGAUCUCAAUGGAAAUUGCUCACUCAUUGGCAUCAUUCAUGACACCAUUCAGGCCUGCUUGAACGUUGCUGCCCGUCUGUCUCAACAGAAACAGGAUUGGGCUAAUGCCGACAAUACUGGAAAAAAUCUUGCUAUAAAGGUGGUCCGCAGCAGGGGAGACAGGUUGAGAAAACGCUUGAAGGACAAUUUUGGCGCAUCGAGUUGGGGCGAAGGAGCUUACAAUGUUGCCCUGUCACUUGUCUCAAUUGUUCACAUACCAUUUAGAGAACGUUUGAAAGGAUAUCAUUUUAUCCUUGAUCUUUCUACUUUUCCUGACACUCGCUACAGUAUUCUACCAGAGCUAAAGACCACAGCAAAGAGCGUCAGCAAGGGAGCCAAUUCUACAAAUUCUUUGGUGGUGCCCCCGCGAGGCGAAAGGAGUAGAAAGAAGAAAACUGCUUCGCAUCCGUACAAAGCAGCCGACCGCACUGCCUCCCGCAGCUCCAACGGUUCGUGCUCCGAGUGGUCGACAAAUUUGACAAAUUCGACCUCGUCAUAUGGAGAACACUUGCCAAGCGCUCAUCGUUCCAAAACCAGUCAUGCAGCAACUUCAUCACAUUUCUCUCUGGUUUCGGACUCCCCAGACACUCCACUGACAAGCAUACCUCCACAAAUUAAUGUUGGCGAGGGCCAACUAGCUACGCUGUUUCCCACAACAUCUACGGAUUAUCUUCCAACUCCGGUAAUGAAUUCACGAUCAUCCCGAUCUCUAUUCGAGGCCUUCACAUAUGUAUUCACUCCAGUCCCCAAGACAUAG